AUGGGUCGAAAGAGAAAGAUUGUGUCUGCAAGGAAGAUGAUGAGAAUCGAGGAAUGUUACGAGGAUGAUGAUCCCUCUGCAGCUGAACAAAGUUCUGACAAUGCUAGUGGUGGGAAUGAGAAACCAGAUGAAAACAGGGCCAACAUUGAUAACCAAAGUUCUGAAGAGAAGUCUGCCAGGGAGAGUUUCUAUGAGAAGCUUACCAAGUUGAAUGAGUAUUCAGGGCUCAGCUUGGUUUUCAACUUUCGGGACACAAAGCUGGACUUGUAUCUUGUUUACAAGGAAGUGACUGAUAGAGGGGGAUCUCAUGAGGUUUCAAAAGCUGGGAAAUGGAGUGAAGUUGCCUCUGCAGUGGGCUCUGUACAUCAUGCCUCAAUCUUACCAAGGCAAAUUCAGAAGGUUUAUGAAACUUUGCUUUGGACAUAUGAGCAAAUAAAUUGCUACAGAACACCUGGAAAAGCUUUGUGUAGAUCUACCACAACUGCUGCUGAAGGGUAUAGUUAUGAUUGCUCAGUAGGGAAGAGUGACCCUUGCGACGGUUACUCAGUAAGGAAGAGUCACCCUUGUGAUGGCUCAUCUGAAGAUGACCAAGGAGCAAAUGAUAAGUGCAGGGUUGAAAAUUUCCACGCAUUAAAAGGGCCUGGUAGACCAAGGAAGCAAGACUCUCCUGGUAAACCAAAGAAGCAAAACUCUCCCGGUAAACCAAGGAAGCAAGAUCCUUACGCCCCGCAAAAAGCAAGAAAUUCUUACCAGAUGUUUCUUAGAAUGGAAUGUGAACGGUUAAAGAAGAUUCAUGGGGAAAACUCUCGUAACAUGAACUUGAGAGUCAUGGCAAUUGAGGCAUGGAGACACCUCUCUGACAAUGAUCGUCUGCCAUAUGCUGAAGCAAGUAGGAAGGACAAAGAAAGAUUCAACAGGGAGUUAGUCAUUUACAUGCAAAAUAAGAACAACACUGUUACUGUGACUAGAGAUUUACCCAGUAGUUCAACUCCAACCUCAAUCAACUUUGCUGCAUCUUCACCCAGAGAUGAUGACUGUUAUGUACCUUUAGAACUCAAUGCUGGAAACCAGCCAUUGCCUAAUGAAACAUUAGUUGAAUCAACCAUUCAAAUGUUGGAGAACGCAAAACCAAAUGAUCCCAUUUUUCGGAUGAAUUGGGACGGGUGA